AUGGCUACGGAUGCGAAUCUCAUACCGGCGGCCGGUGCCGGCGGCAAGACGAAUAUCAUCAACAGGGAGCUCUCGGCCGCCCUGGCCCGGGUCCACCGCCGGCUGCGGCCGUGGCAUAUCUACAGCCUACUCGGCGCCUGCGUACUCGUCACUAUUCUGUCCGUCGUGCUCGUGCACGUGCGAGACCAUCAAAGAAAUGAUGCUCUGAUUCAGUCCCAGGUCAAUGUUGGUUCCUAUUACUCCCAGACUAUGCUUCCACUCGAUGAAUCUUGGCCUCUCGGCACGCCCUCGGAUCAGAGUACAGCAAGGGUGAAUCUUGGCUAUGCGCAGUAUCAAGGUCACCUCCUCGGAAGCGGGAUCGCGCAGUAUCUAGGCAUGCGCUACGCCCAGAAGCCCACGGGCGACCUGCGAUGGAGGGCUCCCAUCGAACCCGAGCAGAUCAGGGGUGAUCAGGAAGCUAGACAUUUUGGCAAGGUCUGCCUCGGUAUCUCUACUAUUCUGCCCAGCAGCACACAGGGUGAGGAUUGUCUCUUUGCCAAUGUGUGGGCACCUGCCAAUGCCACGGCCGAUUCCAAGUUACCCGUGUUGCUCUUCAUCCAAGGUGGAGGGUAUACGACCAAUAGCAACGCCAAUUGGAAUGGCACCUACUUGGUUGAGGCUUCUGGUCGCAACAUGGUCUUUGUAAACUUCAAUUAUCGGGUCGGGCUCUAUGGGUUUCUCGCCGGUGAAAGGGUCAGAGCCGACGGCGACCUCAAUGUUGGCUUGCUCGACCAGCGUAUGAUGAUGCAGUGGAUUCAGCAGCAUAUUUCCGAGUUUGGAGGUGAUCCAGAUCAUGUCGUGAUCCAGGGCGUCUCGGCCGGCGCCGGAUCAGUUGCCCACCAUCUAACAGCGUACGGCGGCGAGAGCCAGACCAUGUUUCAUGCAGCUAUUGCAGAAUCUCUAUUUCUCCCUACCCAGCCUCGCGUCUCGGAGCUAGAAUGGCAAAUGGACAAGCUACUCUCGCAGACGGGAUGUGACAAUAAUGAAAGUCCCAUGUCUUGUCUUCGGGGCAAAGACUUGCACACACUACAGGCCUUCAACGUGCCGUCUCCGUUUCCUGGAAGAAGUUACAUGCCACUGCCGCUCUUCUACUGGGGGCCGUGUAUUGACGGAAACUUUAGUCGGGACUAUCUAUAUACAAUGUUUGAUCAGGGCAAUUUUAUAAAUGUUCCAAUUCUAAUGGGCACAGAUAAUGACGAGGGCUCCUAUUUUGGCGUCAAUGCCUCGACUUCGGAUGAGGUUACCAUCUUUUUACAGAACAAUUACCCACAUCUAAGCAGCUCGACUGCUGCCAACAUCACGCAGAGCUAUCCCCUGGAAGACAGCUUACCCUACCACGCAGCCUGGUUUCCCUCGGCAUCCAGGGCGUACGGCGAGGCAACCUUUAUCUGUCCGACGGUCCACGUGCUCGACGCCUUUCAGUCCAAGCUCAACUCGACCUCUUCCUCUUCCGUCUCGCCGCGGCCAUGGGCAUACCGCUACGAUGUGCUGGCACCCGAGAACGCCGCCCUCGGCGUCGGGGUCCCGCACACGUGGGAGACGUGGGCCGUUUUUGGCCCCGACAGUAUCAACGGUAUCGGCGGGGGUCCUCCCAGCUACUACGGCGUUGCCGCCAGCAUUGUGCCGGUGGUUACAAACUACUGGAUCUCGUUUGUUCUGUAUUACGACCCAAACGUGCGGGCUUAUGCGAGUGCUCCAGAGUGGGAGGCCUGGGACGGGGACGGUCAGAGGCUCAAGUUUGAGACGGGCAGCGUCGAAAUGGAGACGACGCCGUCGGAUUUGCGCAGCCGCUGUGACAUGUGGAAGGCAUUGGCCGCGAUUACUGAGCAAUGA